AAAAAGUUGCCUCAGCUGAAGAGUCUGGACCUGUUCAACUGUGAGGUGACCAACCUGGGCGACUACAGAGACUCCAUCUUUAGGCUCCUCCCCCAGCUCACCUACCUGGACGGCUACGACGUGGACGACUGCGAGGCGUCCGACUCUGACGGAGAGGGCGAGUGCCUCGACGAAGAGGACGACGAAGAAGGAGAGUCUGAGGACUUCGAGGAGGAGGAAGAGGAGGAUGAAGAAGACGUGGUGGCUGAAGAGGACGAAGAUGAAGAUGACGAGAGCGGUGAUGAUGAGGACGCAGGGCUGAACGGAGAGGUGGACAGUGAGGGCGACGAAGAGGAGGAAGACGAGGAGGAGGACGACGAGGAUUCGCCUCCGGCUAAAGGAGAGAAGAGGAAGAGGGAGCCUGACGAUGAGGAUGAUGAAGAUGAAUGAAGCCCCUCUGCCUCCCCCUCAGCUCCUCCUGGACUCCGUCUCGUUUCUGACAUCAGCUUCCCGCCACAAACCAAAAACAACUUUCAUCAUCUUUUCUUCUUUUUUCCACUCGAUCGGAUUUUUAUUUAUUUACGUCUAAU